GGUCGAUCCUCGCCCUUCCGGCUCUCGCUAGGCUCCGCCUACCGCAGCUUCUCUAUCGUCAUUUCCUGUCGUUCUGUAUUGCUAAGGGAGAAGAUGGCGGCGCUGGGAGAACCUGUACGCCUGGAGAGGGAUAUUUGUAGAGCAAUUGAAUUGUUGGAAAAACUACAAAGGAGUGGAGAGGUACCACCACAGAAACUUCAGGCUUUACAAAGAGUUCUUCAAAGUGAGUUCUGCAAUGCUGUAAGAGAGGUAUAUGAACAUGUCUAUGAAACUGUGGAUAUCAGUAGCAGUCCUGAAGUGAGAGCUAAUGCAACUGCAAAGGCUACUGUCGCUGCGUUUGCUGCCAGUGAAGGACAUUCUCAUCCUCGAGUUGUUGAGCUACCCAAAACAGAAGAGGGACUUGGGUUCAAUAUUAUGGGAGGCAAAGAACAAAACUCUCCAAUCUAUAUAUCUAGAAUAAUUCCAGGUGGAAUAGCUGAUAGGCAUGGGGGCCUCAAACGAGGAGAUCAACUUCUUUCUGUUAAUGGAGUGAGCGUUGAAGGAGAACAUCACGAAAAAGCUGUAGAACUGCUGAAAGCAGCCCAAGGAAAGGUUAAAUUGGUAGUACGGUAUACACCCAAAGUCUUAGAAGAAAUGGAGUCACGCUUUGAAAAAAUGAGAUCUGCAAAACGCAGGCAACAGACCUAAUACAUUUAAAACUUUAUAUUCAAUUUUGCUUUUUAGCUAGAGAAGUUUUACUUGUGACCUACUGAUGGCCACAAUGCCAAUGAUUGUAAAAAAAAAUACAAACUUCCCUUGAAAUCCUCCUUGCCAUUUUAUAAAUGCCUAUUUUAACAUCAUUUAUGGUUCUAGAGAUGCAUACACUUUUUUCUGACAAGAAAAAGUAAAAGGUGUUGAGGGCAAUUCUGUCCUGCUGUUUUUACAGACCUUUUUCAAAUGCAGAUUUUGUCAUAAAGUUGUUAUAGAUUUUUAAAAAUGCUUUUUUAAUAUUAAAAUGUACUUUUACAUUCUUAAUCUUUUUUUAAGAAGAAUGUUUUCUUCAUCUGGCUACUUAUUUAAAAUUAACAGUUCUCCAACUUUUUUUUUUUUUUUGCUUACUAUAUUUUCUUUUAACCUCUGAAAUUUCUUUACGAUUUCCAAGAAAUUAAGUAUGGCAGUCUCACCUACAGCACUUCAUUACCCUGUAGUUGUUAACAUCAUUGCUGCAUUUUGUACUUUGAACAUACACAUAAUAUAUAUAUAAUCAAUGGUAGAUAAUAACACAGCAUAUUGGAAGUUUUUUACUUUUAUUUAAACAUGUAUAAUGAGUAUUCGUUUAUACUGAUUUAUAAAAGUAAGUUUUAAACACUGAAACAAUCAUCGCCUAAAAUAUGUAUUUCAUAAUAUUUAAGCAGUGAGGCAAGAGGAUGUAAUUUGACUAUUAGCAUUAAUGAUUAUAUCCCUUUCUAAUUGUAGUCAACAAUAUAUCAAAAAGUAUAAAUGCGAAACAGGUUCAGAUUUCAUCUUGCAAAUUUUUUUAAGGCUAUUGAUUUUUAUUUGAGUACAUUUCUCAUGGUUUGGUCUUUCCAUGCCUAGAGAUGAGCCAGUUAGUUUGUGGUGGGAAAUAGCAGAAAGAAAGAAGAAAAAUUUAACCUCACUAGUCUUAAGUUAUACAUCUAGGUCAUUUUAAAGAAUCAAUGUUAAAUAGGAAAAGGAGGAUAUGUUUAAGAUCUGUAAAAACUAUGAGGUGAUUUGAUAAGAAUCUGUAGAUUGUCACAAUGAAUAGGAACUCAUUUAUAUUAAAACGGUUGGAUUUAGGGAUGCAAUCUUUGUUUACGAUUCAAAUAUAAUGGGAAUUUUGAAAGUUACUUUGUCAUUUGUCCACUGGAUGUCACUCUUUUACUAAACGGCAGCUAUUAGUAUAUGACUGUGACUGAGUUCUUCAUAAAAGCUGAAAUUAAAGAGUUAAUUUUCAGUCACAAUUCAUAGGAACAUUUCUACUUUUUUUAAAAAUUGUGAAUGACAUGCUAAAAGAAGAUGGAUUUAAAAAAAUAAGAAUUUGGCAUAAUUAUCAAUCCUGUAUUUAAAAAAGUGGGCAUUGUAACAUUCCUUCAGGAAGAAUAGAAAUUUGUAUACCUUUUUCUGCAUGUUUGUGAGCACUGUGAGUCUUAAAAGAUUAUUCCAGUUUUCAGUGAUUUCUCAGAAUAUAAGUCAAUCAGCAUUGUUAUUUAUCAUUUAGGUAUUGAACACUGGAUUGCAUGGUUGAAUGUGUCUGUAGUCCACUACAAAACAUGCUUGUUAUUGAUAGGAUCAUGUUGUUAAAUUGUAUAUUUUCAAAAUUAAUUGGUGUGUUUUUAAAAUGUUGGGACCAAAGUAGUAUAGAAGAAUUAUGGACUUAAUUUAAUUGUAAAAUUAUUAGAGGUAUUUGUUGUAGAGCUUUAUAUAUUAAAGAGAAGUAUUGGUGCAUAUAAAAACAUUAAUGUUAUUGUUAUGCUUGUAUUCUUGCAUUACAGGGUAAAUAAGCCCUGAAGAAAUCUUAUUUUAAUAUAGCUACAGCUGUAGUAGCUUUUAGGAUAUAUCAACAUUUCCUUAUAAAUUAUAGCUUCCUGGUUCAAUGUCUCAGCUGUAUCCAAACUUUCAGCCAAGUUAAAUCUUUUUUGGUGUUGAAUCUCAGUAAAUUAAGUAAGCUGGGGGUUUUUUUUUUUUUCUUUCGAAGUAAUCCACAAUCUGUCUUUGUGUGGGUUGGCACCUAUUUAUAAUUCUUAAAAUAAAGAUAGCUUAACGAGCCAAAUACAGUAGUUUUGCUUUGUACUGUUGAGCAUGAGUAGCAGUAGUUUGUUUUUAUUAAUGCAAUUUUCAUAGUAUAUCUCAGAAUUUUAAAUCUUAUCAUAGAACGGUUCAGUCAAUAGCAAAGAUACACAAAGGUGGUCUAGUAUGAUGAGGAAAUGAAGGAAUUUUCAUCUUGUAAAUGGAUGGUUUGUGAAUAAAGCUAGGCAUAAAGUAAAUAUAUAAUCGGUGCUUGAUUUGUAAAUUACAAAUGUUAACCCCCCUUCCAUUUUUUUCUUUAAUUUUCUUAUUACUUCAAAAUGAAUUGACUCAGUGUUUCUCAACCUUAGUUGCAUAUUAGAACUCAAAAAUUAUUAACACUUGAGUCCCCUCCCAUACAACUAAAUCAGAGUAACUUGUUUAAAAAAAAAAAAAAUACUAGAUGGUUCUAAGGGACAUCCAGGGUUGAGAACCGCUAAUUUUGUUUUCAAGUAUCAGAAUAGAAUACUUCAAUUUGUAGCUACAUGCUAAUUGAUUAUAUUAUUUAUUUAGGCAUAAAACAUACUUGGCAUUUCUUAUUUGGAAAGUAAUAAUAAAACUAUUAUUUUUUCUUUUAUUAAAAAACUAGUAGUUUAAAUAUAAACUUUUAAUGUUUCAUCUUUCUGCCCCUUUUGCUUUAAAACUUACAAAGAUAGUGUUUAUUCUUUGAAAAAGCAGCUUAAAAAUUACAGAUGAGAAAUAUUGUCAUUGAUAAUUACAUGCUGCUUAAUAUGGUCACUAUCUUUUACUGUAAUGCUAGAUUAUAGUGGCCUAGUUCUUUAAAAGUUUGAUGAUUCAGAUAUGUAGGGAGUUAUUUUGUUUUGUUGUCAUUUUCCUCCUUUUCCAAAUUUUUAGUUUAUGUUUUAUUUUUUCUUGUCAAGUAUUUAAAUAUUUUGGCUCAAAUAGUUUGUUUACAAUUAAAAUGGAUAUUAUAGCAUUUAGUAGAAGAAAUAGUAUGGCUUAUCUGGAAAGAAUGUCAGCAUGACUUGGUAUAGACUUAAUACAUGUUGUGAAUAUUUUAUAAUGUGGAAUGAUCAUUGAAAUAUUAAGGACUCUAGUAAUUGUAUUUCCUGAAUAAAUGUAUGUUUAUGAAUUUUUUUAACUUACAGUUUGUUCUUUCCUCUGCCAGCAGUCUAGUUUUAUAGUUUUUAUUGUCCAAAAUUCAUUACUGUUGUUUCUUUAAAGGUUAUUAUAGUAAUAGUUAAAUAAUGGAGAAAAACAAGUCACUUGCUAUCUCAUUGCUUUUCAAGAACUUUAAAACUAAUUUGUAUCUGGACAUGGUUUUUAAAAAUACUGGCAAAUGAUAUGCUUCUACUUUUUUAGUUCAAGAUAAUAUUUCUCCAAAAUGGAUGUAAAAUAAUACUUUUUCAGCAGAUGACUUCAUUUAUCAAUUUAAUUCUGAUUCUAAAGCUUAUUUAAAAUAAAUUUGUAUGUGUUA